AUGACACAUGUUUUAUCUAAAUCAAUAGUAACAGAAGAUUUGAAACCCAAGAACAUAGAUGUAGCCUCAUGUCAGAAUUCCCGACAGGGGUUGUUCUCAAUCGAAGAAUUUCAUUACUUGAAUGUUCCUCACAUUGGAUUCUCGGUAGUUUACGACGACUUUGAGUGUAUUUUCAAAUGCCUCUACCAUCCAUUAUGCAUUUCUGUGAACUUGGCUACCGAAGGAAAACUGUGGUGUGAAUUAUCACCGUCCGAUAAGUACAGCGAUCCCAAGGAGUACAAGCAAAACCGGAAUUACAAUCAUUAUUUCAUUAAGUCGUCUUAUCGUUUCUUGUCAUUUCAAAACGGAGGAGUUUGCGUUCAAUCGAUGCACUCAGUGUAUGCCUUUGAAUUUUUCUGUGAUCAAGCGGGAGAAUAUGGUGAAAAAGACCCAGGAGAAUGCCGUUAUUUGGUAUUCAAGCCUGCCAAAGCAUUUGAUGGUCAACGCUUAAAACGACACGUGAUUCGAGUUGAUCACGUCAAGGAGAAGGAAUUUUGUGGGAUACUUUGUUAUAUGGAGCCAGAUUGUGUCAGUUACAAUCUUGGAAAACAAGCAAGAGCAGAUGAUGAGAAGUAUACAUGUGAACUGAAUGACGUUACCCACGAGGGAAACAAAGACGACUUAGUCAAGGAUCAAAGUUACAUCUAUGGUGGAGCAGAGAGUGCUUGCCUCACAAAUCCUUGCAAGAACGACGCCAAAUGUCAAAGCGGUUUUACUGAUAAGGGCUACCGCUGUAUGUGUUCAGUUGGAUACAAAGGUUUGACUUGCGACGAAGAUAUUGAUGAAUGUGCCGCGGGAAAGCACAUCUGCAGUCCUGAUGCCGUGUGCAGCAACGUGAAGGGAUCGUACAAAUGUGAAUGUGAACCUGGAUAUUCUGGCGACGGAUGGACUUGCGAAGAUAUCAACGAGUGUGCUACAGGAACAAAUGACUGCAGUGCCGAUGCUGUGUGCAACAAUAUCAAGGGAUCGUUUAACUGUGCAUGUAAACCUGGAUAUUUGGGAGAUGGAAGAAAUUGCAUAGAUAAAAUUUCAAGCUGCAAUGAAGCGUUUGACAGCCAAAUACUAAGCGUGAAUGACGUCGUUACUCUCCACUUUGACUUGAUGCCAGCUUUCGUUUUCUGUCACGUGGGAGAAUUUGGAUGUGGAAGUGGAGCAUGGACCCCUGUUAUGAAGAUUAAUGGCAACAAGCGAACUUUUCAUUAUGAUUCUGAUCUUUGGAGCAACAAGGUGGAUUAUAAUCUUGCUGGAGGAGAGACUGGGUUUGACCAUACGGAGACCAAGUUACCGAGUUAUUGGCACACAUCCUUCUCCAAGAUCUGUCUCGGUAUGGAGAUCAACCAUCAACUCAGGUUCAUUGUCAUCAACAUGCAAGCGGAUUCCUUGUACUCACUGAUCGCUGAUGGGCAAUAUCGCAACACCUCAUUAGGUCGUGACAUGUGGAAGUCACUGAUUGGUUCACAGGGCUCCUUACAGCGUCACUGUAAUAAAGAAGGGUUCAAUCUUGAGCCGGUGACUAAUUACUGGAAGAACAAAGCUUGUAAAGCAAGAAUCGGUAUUUUUGGCAACAACCAUAUGAAUUGCGAAGAUGUUGAUUCUAGAAUUGGGUUUGGAACAGGAGGUCCAAAGGAUGACAACAAUACGUGUGGAAUUGAUGCUACGGGGCAUACACUCGACAAUGGCGAGAGACGCAUCAAAGCCAUGGGAUAUAUCUUGGUACAGUGACGAGAAAAAAAGAGUACAAUAGUGAUAAACAAUGUCGGCAGCACCACAUUCAUCGUCAAAAACAAGAACGA